AUGGCCCACGACGUCUGGUUGCUAAGGAGUACUCUUAUGACUUGCCUGUUGCUGAGUGCUUUGGCAGGAAUUGCAUUGGCAACAAAUGGCAAUCUUUCAACGGACCAGACUGUUGCAUCUGAUUCCAGAGAUCGUAGAUUUACUUCAGGGACACAAAACAUCUUGAUAAGAGACAAUUCAUUUGAAGAUGAAUACCGAGCGAAACAAAGAAUCCAUUUUGUACACAAUGGAUCAGCGCAGGUGCGAUCCGCGAACGUGAGAUUAAAAGAUUCGACCGGGAGAAUUGAAACUAAGAAGAAUGUAAAGGAAGGGAUCAAAGAGACUGGUGCCAGGAAAACUCGGAUGCACAUCCUUGAUAAGUAUUUUGUUCAUCCUGAAAUAAUGAAGGACAAACCUGGUGACAGAAACGGUUCAAACAAGAACGAAGAAGCAUCGUUACCAGCACUUGUACUAGAAGGACCGAAACCCGGUACGGAAGGUAGGGGUUUUGGAAAUCGCGAAUUUGGAAACGAGACCUCAAAUAUGGACAAAUACGGUGCAGCUUCAGUGGAGGGAACAAAGAUUGUGAAUGCUGCAUCGCUUCUCGAGAACUCCUCGAGGUCCCAUGACUCGAGAUUAACCGAACUACUGAAAUACCCGGAUCGAAGUGUCGGAGAUACACAGAGAACCUUGCGUUAUUAUCUUCCAACUCAAGGAGAACAUGAACUCCAAAGGGCAAAGCUUAAACUUCGUUCUCGCUACAGAUUCCUGAAUUCGCUCAUACGACCACAGUUGGUGGGAAUAUCGGACGAUAUAAAUGAUUUAGAUGCCCUCCGAAAUCAAGCUAAAUCGAUAAGCCUGAAAACAUUGAAGAAUAGUUUAAAAUCUGAGUCUGGUGGUCAGCACAGCGAGGGAAGCGCGUCGAUUGGAGAAUACCCUCUGAAAGAUGUAAAACAAGAAGCUUCCAUUGUUAAGGAAAGAAAUGAAGGAAUUGGAUACAAUACCAAGAUGGAAAACGAACCGCGAUUUAACGCUAAUGACAUGUUUCUGCUAGGAGCCCCAGAUAAAUCGAGCUAUUUUGAAAAUGCUUUCUUGGCCAAUCCAGAACUUAUACACAGUAAACCUGGAUUAGCUGUAAGGCCAACUCCACGCUGGAAGAAGUAUGGGGCAACAACCGCCUUAAAAGAAGGGGAAAUUUAUAAUACAGUGUCGGAGAAAUUUGGAGGUAGUAGCGACACCACUAACUCAGGCCUGGAAGGUUUCGUGCAUCCAGAGGAUGAAUCUGAUUCUAACGAGAGUGGACUUGGUUCUGAUGCAAAAUUUAACGCAGCUCUAAAACUCGCCAUCCAAUCUGAUAUGAGAUUAAACAAAGCUACUUCUGGAGUCUCGCUUUUAUCGUUUAAGGACAAAGCCAUGUCCCACAUUGAAGAAGAAAGUCAUGACAUAUACAACGAACAAAAAUUCAAAGAAGACUAUGGUGCGGGUUACUAUAAUGGUAAUGCCAGUCUUGAAUCUCAAAGGGUAAGUCCUUCGCCGUAUUUCAGUCCAACAAAAAUGCGAGAUUUUCGAAAGGUAACUACGUUAAGUAGCUACAAAAGAACGACUAUUCCUCAUUGGAAAUUCCGUUCUCAGGACGUGUACCAGUCAUCGUCUUCAGGUAGUGGGGAAGGGUCUGGAAGUGGAGAUAAUUAUCUGCCUUUACACGAAAGCCAUGGUAAACAGAAACAUGCUAAGAAGAUACACAAGGUUUCCCCAUCAACAAAGAACAAGACCCAUGCAGGUAUCUUUGGUGCUCAAGACAAAGAGACAGUAAAGAAAUGCGAGAGAAUGGGAAAAGCAGACUACAGGGACAAAUGUCCUUCUGGAUGGUUGCCAUUCGAGGAAUUUUGUUAUUUAUUUGUACCCAAAUCAAACGGAAAAUGGGAGGAAUUUCCCCUAAAGUGUAACGAUGAAAACGGUCUGCUAGCAAUGCCUAAAACAGAUAAAGAGUUAAGAUUUCUACAACGCAAGAUUUCGUCGUCGAAACGAAGAAAAAAGUAUUUUUAUAUCGGCCUGAAGAAGAAGAGCGACAACUGGACAUGGAUCGAUGACGUGCCUUACACACGUGACGUCCACGUGAAAGAUGAGCUAGGUGACAAAAACUGCGGAGCUCUUUCCAAAGAUGGCGUUCACAUGGUAACAUGCAGUGAGCCCAAGGCUGGGUAUAUUUGUGAAAUUAGAACAGGUAAUGUUUUCGAUUAUGAUUUCUUUAGUUUAUCGUUCAUGAUGAAAAUUCACGCAGUGCUAACCGGAGUGCAGACUCUCACUACGAUUAGCCUGAAUAAUCCGGUUUACGGAGUGGAGGUAUUCCGCAUUCUCGCCUUCGGUGAUAGCCUCACAAACGGUUUCCAUGGUGAUGACAAGAGCCACACCCCUUACGCCCAGACACUGGAGUAUCUGUUAAACAAGGACAUUCACAGGUGUUAUACCUUGACAACAAUAGCGAAAGAUGGCACUGAAGCAGCCGAAAUGUCCACCAGGCUUCAAAAUCAUCUGCGAGAUGCAAAAUUUAAAUACUCCUGGGUUAUUAUCCUGGCCGGUACAAACGACAUCGCUCAUAACAGCAAAACUCGUUACAGAAAGGACUGGGACACAGCGGUCGAGCGCAUCAUCAACCUCCACAUAACUUCACAUCGUCAUGGCGCGAAAACAGUAGCAGUCACCAUUCCUGAAAUGGACUGCGAAGAAUCUAAAAGACCAGCUUGUCUUCACUCGCAUUUGGAAAGAAAAUACAUCAAUGAAAAGUUAAGAUAUUAUGCCAGAUCGAAUGAGUUUACUAUCCUUUGCGACCUGGCGGUGAAAUUUCCGAGGUAUUCUUUGAGUAUUGACGAGCGAAAAAUGAUGUGGGAAGUGGGACUGCACAUGAAACCGGCAGGAUAUGAGCGUAUGGCGGAGAUCAUUUACAAGGACCUGUUGGCUAAUGUUUGAUAACAGCAAGGAAAUGAAUUGUUGAACAUUUAUAAACCAAUGAACCAGAAGAACUUAAACUUGAAACUUGACUGCUGUUUUUGUGACCAUGGUUUACA